AUGGUAUUUUGGUUAGACACAAAUUAAUUUAUUAUUAUGCACAUUGUAAGUAUUGAAAGGGAACCUCUACAAAGCAAGUAAAAGUACAGGUAAUAAUGAGGCCCUCAUGAAUUCAAAUGAUAUUGUGCUUUUGUUGUACUGUAUAUCCCCAUAGCAGACCAGUGACUGAUCUGUCACAGACAGUUUGACCUCACAGAGUCCUUCCUGGUGGUUGACAGUCCUUCUGAUGACCCGCAAAGGCAGUCUCAAGGCUACACUGAGUGCAGGACGAAGGCGGUGUUUUGCGGUGCCCCGUCCCUGACAUCAGCGGCUUGUUCCUGGGUGUCACCUCUUUAACCCGGUCAGAUUUAUUGUAGCAACGGCCCUUAGCUACGCAUCGGGUCCAUGGAGACUGCCUGUCUGAAGGAAUGCGAGGCUACGCGGGUCAAAUAGCAGGGGAUAAAACCCAAAUCGAGGUGUAAUUAAACCAGACAUUUAUGACUUUUAAAGACUUAUUUCACAUCCUUGCUGUGAGGUGAAUAUGGGAUGCAGCAGCUCCACAAACACCGCGGUCCAACCGUUGAGACCGGAAGAGGUGAAUGGAGACGAGGAGGAGACAGGAAGUAAACUCGAUGGUCGCGGAGACUCGGCCGUGUCAAAAGGCACCACAGACAGCGGGGUGGUGAUGGAGAACCCUGUGUUACCCGGAGAAGUCCCCAGAAAACUCCCACUUCUAACAAGUGUCAGAGAAAGUGAGGUGGACAGAAAUACACAGAAUGGUGUGCGCCCAAAGUCCAGUGAGAUCCUGGAGGAGUUGCUGAACCAGGGCAUCAUACCGGUGGGACAGAGGGGCAGCGCUGCCGGAGAGGCUUAUAGCAUCAUGCUGGAUGACAGAGAGGGGGUCAGGCGAAGACCUCCUGCAAGACUGGAGUCCCUGAGGACCAGUAAGACACAAAGUGUCAGUAUAGAACAGAUUGAAGAGAAGAUACGACUUGCUGAGGAGAGACGCAAGUUAAGGACAGACGAGCUCCAGACCCGUUUGAGGACCAAGUCGGCCCGUGUUCGUGGUCCUGCCCCAACCUCCAGCGCAGAGGCGGAGGAGGACACAACCCUCACUCCUGUGGAGCCGAUACUGCAUCCUCUUACCUCGCCGGACCAACUAGAUCCAACGCUUCUCAGUCAGAUCUCACAUGUGGAGGCCGAGAGUGGAGAGCACGUGAGAGAGACUGGAGGUGAUGGCGGGGAACUUGGAGGUGAAACGGGUGGAGCAUGUAGAGAGGAGGGAGGAGAGAGUGGAGAGAACACAGGGGAAGGUCCAGAGAGGAUAAGUGAGGAUGGUGACGGGGAAGAGGAGGAUGAGGGUGAGGAGGAGUUGACUGAGGUGGAGGAGUUUAAGAAGGAUCAGCUCCUCGUAGCCUCGGGGGAGCUGGAGAAUGAUCAUAGCUUUCAGCAUGCAGAGGACAAAGAGGAGAUGUUUUAAUUUAUUACACAAAUGAGCCAUGACUCAGCACUACGAGAGAUAGAAAGGGCGGAUGCAAAAUUGUACAGAAGAACAUCUGAUGAUACUUGUAAAAAACAUAUGAAGAAAUGUACGCAAUAUAUAUUGUUUUAAAAGACUUUAACAGAUGUGAUUAUGCUAUGAUUGGCUCGAAACUUGAAACUAUUGCUUGUGCUUUCAUGAAUGUCCACUGCAGCGGGAUGCGUUCGUCCCGUGAGGUGUUUUAUGUCGAGUAAUAAACACAAAGGAAUAUGAGGGUUUUCUUUCCAAAGCAAUAUAACUUACCUCCAUGAGCGCUUUAAUAAAUACAACCAAGACUUAAUGUACUUGCCAACACAAAAAAAUUUAUUUAAAUUAUGUUUUUGUUUUACAUUUAAUUGCCUCAAUGUCCUCAUUUUGCAUGUGAAUGUUGUACUUGGUCUGUUGGACAAAAGGUGGCGCUGUGUCCGUGGUAUCACAGUUUCCUAAAGCCAGUGCGCCUCAUCUGUAAGAUCAGUUUAGAGGAGAAGGUUAUGGCAACAUGUGAAGACAUGCCUUGUGCGAAAAGAUGUGUAAAAUGAAGCUGUUAAUGAUCAAUAAAAUUCACAUUUUCCCCGUGUGUUGUCUGUUGGCGUUCUGACAGAUUGUGGAAAAUCCUUGACGAGAUUAGCCUAUUGACUGAGACACUUUUAACUUAAAGAUUUUUUUUUUCUAUAAAAGUUGAGGGGUAUUGAGUACGACGGCUGCGUGACUGAGCUGUGAGUAUUCAGCUGUUCCAG